AUGCGCCCGUCGUCCGGCGGCGAGACGGGGGGCAGCGGCGGAGUCGUGUCCGGCACACCGCAGGGCAGCCCACUGUCCUCUUCCGACGGCGGCGUGCCGGUUAUCUUCUCCUUGGGCGUCGGCGUCGGAGGUCCCACCGGGUCCGGCUCCCCGAGCCUCGGCGGCGUCUGUCGCGGCGCGUCCUCCGGCAGAGGCUCCGCCCCCGGCGCCGGGUUUGGAACAUUUGACGGCGCGUUGCACGCUGUCGAGGAAGCGACGAGAGGGCUUGGUGCGGCGAUUGUGGCCGGAACAGCGGGGUGUUGCCGGAGGAGCAGCGUAUGGCGGCUGCGGGUGGCGCCGCCAGCCGCUCUAAGGGCCUGUUUGUUUGGGCUGUGGCUGGCUGGCUGUGCAGGAAAAGCUGCUGCGCAGGGAAAGCUGCUGUGCAGGGAAAGCUGCUACCGUCCGCUGCGUGCUCUGCGGGAGACGGCCGACGCUGGGUGGGCGGGAGGUUCGCCGGCGGCCGACAGGAGAUGCGGCGGGGACGGGCUACUGCGCGGGUGGAGAUGGCUGAGGACGGACGCGGCGGAGGUCGCCGACGGCCGGCGGGAGAUGCGGUGGCGACGGGCUACUGCACGGGUGGAGGCGGAGGCGAGCUACUGCGCGGGUCGAGAUGGCCGAGGACGGAUGCGGCGGAGCGCGCCGGCGGCCGGCGGAAGUGGUGGCGGUGGGCUACUCGCGCGGGUGGAGAUGGGCCGAGGAUGGACGCGGCGGAGGUCGCCGACGGCCGGCGGGAGAUGCGGCGGCGACAGGCUCUGCACGGGUGGAGGCGAAGGCGAGCUACUGCGCGGGUGGAGACGGCCGAGGACGGACGCGGCGGAGCGCGCCGGCGGCCAGCGGAAGUGGCGGCGGUGGGCUACUGCGCGGGUGAAAUGUGCCAGAAAAUAG